CCUUGCUUGUUAAGAAAACUAGAUUAGAAAACCAAGCAGAAGAUGGGAAAGCAAUCUUCACUCUUCUCUUUCUGCAACGUAUUCAAGGCCUGCUUUUCAAGCGAUAAAAGAGACGAUGUGUACUCCGAUGACGGUGGUGUUUAUGUUAGACGGAGAAUAUGUCCCAGUGAUGAAGACAGAGGUAGAUGGACAGCCGAGCCUGGCAUCGACCGUAAGGCCACUGCUUUCAUUUCCAGAUUCUACGAGAGUCGUGUUUCAGAUCCCGAAUACCAAGCUCUCGCAGUUUGAUCUGUACCAUGUUUGGAUUGAGCUAGAAAUUAAUCUAGAAAGUGGUUUGAUCAGACUAGCUGAUUGUACUUCAAUUUUUUGUCAUGCUUCCUUUCUUCCUUCCUCGCCUUCUUCUUCUCUGUUGUAAUUUUUUCUUGGAAGUGUGCAUGUAAUCUGUGAGUUGGUUAACAAAAAACGCAGAUAAUAAAUUAAGUUGUAAAACAUGUAGUUUCCUCCUUCAAAG